AGCGUGUAAUUCGGACUUUCUUUGAAUUCAUUCAGAUUAAUAGUUAAUACCAUCUUGCAUUAUUAUACGAAGGAAAAGAAGUUUCUCUCCUUUGUAAAUUUCUCAUUUUUAAGGGUUCCAAUAUAAACGUUUGGUUUUUACAGUAAGGAUGGAGCGCGCCGAAAAUGCUAGAAUUAUUCAAAAGCCUAUGACGAGAAGAACCGUUGACUAUGGCUCCAAUCUUUCCCAGUAUGUUUUGAAUCGGCAUCUUCGAAGCAAUAUGUAUCACGUUCAUGUUCCUAGGCCCAAUCCCAAUCACAUUCUAAAUUUAUAUCCUCCGUGCGAAUAUAAAUAUAACUACGCUAAUUCUUUAUGUACUAAGUAUAUUCACACGUCUGCAAAUAAGGCACGACAUGUUAUUAACGUUGUGCGGUGGACACCAGAUGGCAGAAGACUUUUAACGGGUUCUUCUACAGGAGAAUUUACCCUGUGGAAUGGUCUGACAUUUAAUUUUGAACUUAUUAACCAGAGUCACGAUUAUGCUGUUCGAUGCGCCGAAUGGAGCUCAGAUGGCCGCUGGCUCAUUUCCGGUGACGGAGGUGGUAUUAUCAAGUAUUUCGAACCAAAUUUGAAUAAUGUAAAAAUUCUUCAAGCUCAUGAAAUGGAAAUUCGAGAUGUGGCUUUCUCGCCGAAUGAUAGUAAAUUUGUUACUGCUAGUGACGACGGUUCUCUGAAAAUAUGGAAUUUCCAAAUGAGCGUUGAAGAGCAAAAGCUCACAGGACAUGGUUGGGAUGUCAAAACGGUGGAUUGGCACCCUUCCAAGGGCCUUUUAGCUUCUGGAUCUAAAGACAACUUAGUGAAGUUUUGGGAUCCUCGUACUGCCUCCUGUCUUGCUACAUUACAUGGACAUAAAAAUACGAUUAUGCAGGCAAGUUUCCAAAAAGGAUUUGGAAAUAAUUAUCUCGCUACUGUUUCAAGAGAUAGUACUUGCCGGAUUUUUGAUUUACGAGUCAUGAAAGAUAUCCGAGUUUUGAGAGGCCAUGAGAAAGAUAUUAAUUGUGUUACAUGGCACCCUAUUCAUGGCAACUUACUUACAACUGGUGGCUCUGAUGGAAGCGUCAAUCAUUACAGUUUAGACGAGCCACCCGUGUAUUCCCAGCAGAAACACCACGAAAAACAUCCCAACACCACCCUUUCAUCUUCUUCUCAUUUAUUAUAUCCUAUUGCUGAAAUUCCUUAUGCUCAUGAGCUCGGUAUAUGGAGUAUGCAAUAUCAUCCACUAGGCCAUUUACUUUGCACUGGCUCCAACGACAAAACUACUAGAUUUUGGUCAAGGUCUCGUCCAGAGGAUGAAGAAUCCUUCUUGGACCGCCAUCAUUUGGGUGAAGAACAAUCUGAAGCUGUUAUUGGACAAAGACGUGCUGUAGCGGAAGAAGAAGAUGCGUAUGAACCUGAUGAAACUUCACCGGUGGAAAACUUGUCGAAUGCGAACAAGACUUAUCCUUCUAUGCCUUCCUUACCUGGUUUGGGGAAUGCACCAGGAUUUGCACCUUCAGUAGCAGCUGCCGCAUCUUCAGCGAAUCCACAAAUUCCUGGCAUGACACAUGCACCUACUCAAAAUUAUGGAAAUCAUUCCCCAUCAACUGGCCCGUUUAUCCCGGGAUUAGGAUCUCGUCAUCAGGAUCCUUAUUCACAAUCCUAUCGUUAAAAAUUUUCUAUUUCUAUUUCUGUUAUUAGACUUUUUUUUAUUUUUUAUUUUUUUUUUGAUGACAGUUUUCAGAGAAACUGCUACGCGAUUACUAAUAAUUAUACAACUUCAAACGUUUCUUCCGUCAAUUUAGUACCUAACUCGUCCAGAAACAAAUGUAUAAGAAUCCUUUUAUUUUUACAGAGCUAAUAAUUUAUACUUUUACUACUUUUCUAUUUUAUUGUUUAACGCGCAUUAACGUGACAUAGAGAAGUUGCUGUAAUAGGAAUCUGAGAAUUGUGCAACAAAAUCACCACAAAAUUUUCUGGACUUGUAUGUGGUCAUUGUCUAAGGAUUGACUCUCAAAUUUGUGGAUUUAUAUAAAUAAGGGACCAUUUCUACAUUGAUAUUUGUU